UUACCCAAAUUCAAGACUACGAGAUUUUCUCCAUCUUCAAGCUGCUCUCUCUCCCUCUCUCUAACGCGUAAAAAUGGCGACCCCAAUUAUCCCUCUCCUCCUUUUCUUUCUCCUGGCCGUCACAGCCUCCGCCCGUCCCUGCAAAACCCUUUUCUAUUUCGCAACAACCACCACCUAUUACCCUUAUUCCCUUUCCCAAAACCCUAACCCUAGCGAGGCUAAUUUCCUUUUGCAAAAGCCUUCUUCCUUGUCUUCGCCCCGUUAUCUCACUCUAAUCUUCACCACCACCACCACUACUCGAUUCCCUAACCAUCAUCCAUCCGUCAAUUACAACGAUCGCCCGAUCGAUCUUGAACACGACAUGCUUCCGUACAAAGGCCACGCUAAGUUGCACUCCUCAGUCUCGAGCUCGAUUAGGGAUCGUACCAAGGACAUCAUGAGUGUGGUUGGGGCGCUGCUGUUCGGGGUUGGCUGCGGAGUCCUCACGGCCGCCACAAUGUACUUCGUGUGGUCUCUGUUCUCUCCCCGCCGCUUUGACUUUGAUGAUGAUUCCUCCUUUUCUUCUGAUGAUGAUGACGACGUCACCUCCGCCAAGAAGAUGGGGUAUCUGGCUAUUCCUACCAAGCCCAAGGUCGUUGAUGAUGACCUCAAGAAACCUGCAUCCCCAGCCAAGGACGAAGCCUGAUGAUUUGAUCGAAUUUAUCAGCGUUUUCGGAACCCAAAGGAUUGAAAAAGUGAUUGAUAAUUACCUGAGUGUAUCUAUCUAUGUAUUUAUUAUUCACGUUAUCGUGCUACUACAAACUGCUUUUAAUUGUGAUAUGAGGACCACCUACUAUGGAUUUAAUUGUGUUCUUGCUCUGCUUUUAUAACUGAUUUCUUGGCUUGCAUUGA